AUGAGCGCCGAAGACACCCCCAAAACGGACGCCGUGUCCACGACAACGGACAAGACAUGGGAGACCGAAAAGGGUAUCCGCAAAAUGGCUGAUCUUCUGCGCGGACGCAAGGGUAUGCCGUCACGCCACGCUGUGGAGCUCGGGAAGCGCGUGGAGUACUUCCGUGGUGACCGUUUGGCCACCUUCCUGCUCGCCAGUCCUAUGGCCAAGAAGUACUUCCCGGAUCUUCAAACUAAGGAGGAUGUUAACUCGGUGGGUCACGCACUCGUGCAAAACAGCUACAUCCACCGCUCGGAGCGCGACGCCAAGAACAAGAAGAUUCUCAAGCCCACGCCCAAGCAAGACUUCUCACCUGAAGGAUACUACACGUGGAUGUACGAGGGGUCCAAGACGCUCCGCAACAUUAUGACGGCGCUGCUGAUCAUUGGCUUCCUGGUCGUCACCUGCUUCCCCAUCUGGCCACAGUGGGCCAAGGUGGCACUCUGGUACAUGUCCGUGACUUUCCUUAUCUUCAUUGCUAUCUUCGUGGUGGUGCGUCUCUUCAUCUUCUUCAUUCUCUGGAUGGUCGGCUACGAGUACUGGCUGCUGCCCAACAUCUUCGACGACAACCUGUCGGUGGCUGAUUCGUUCGUGCCGCUCUACUCCCUGCGCGCCACAGACGCGUCGGAGCGUAUCUACCGCGUUGUGGGUCUUAUUGCCUUCGCUUGUUUCUGCGUGUGGGUCAAGAACCAGCCUACAGACUUUGACGAUUACAUGGAGCUUACCAAGCAGUUCACGGACGAUAUUUACAGCGGCAAGCUUCUGAGCGAUAUGUCACAAAAGGACCAGGACAACAUUGAUGGUGUCAAGAUACCGGACCUCGAGGAUCUUCUGAAGGACGACGACGAGGACGAGGACCAGGAUGCCAAGUUUGACAAUAUCUUAGAUGAGGAUGAAGAUGAAGAUGAGAACUCGAAAUUCUCCAAAGCUACUGAGGAUGAUGAUGAUGAAGUGGUAGACCGGGACUUGUAG